AUGCAUUGGAUCAAAUCGUUGCUCUGGUCUGGCGUAGCAACGGCUGCGGCCCAGCCGACCGAUGGCCUCUAUAGCCUCGUCAAGCGACGGUUACCUGAUCAUUUCGAUCAAUUCCGAUUCAACCUAGAUGCUAAUUUUGGUGACAACGAUGGCUACGAUCAAUUCAGGGUCCAGAGUGCGGACAAUGGCACUGUUUUAUUGCAUGGAAACUCAAUUAGCGCACUCUCUUCAGGUCUCCAUCGAUAUCUCACCGAAAUCGUUCAUGUUGAUAUCUACUGGUUCGUUGGUAGCCGCCUAGGCCAGGCGCCUUCAAGUCUUCCUCGCUUUGACACGCCAAUCCUCGGCUCCAGUACAGUUCCUUGGCGAUACCAUUUCAAUACUGUCACUUUCUCUUACACCUCGGCCUUUUGGACCUGGGAGGAAUGGGAGUUGCAACUGGAUUGGCUUGCUCUUCGCGGGGUCAAUCUACCGCUUGCGAGUGUUGGUCAGGAAAAGAUCAUGGUAGAUGUAUUCCAGGAAAUUGGACUCACUGGUGCCGAGAUCUCAACUUUCCUAAGUGGGCCGGCUUUCCUAGCAUGGAACCGGUUCGGAAACAUCCAAGGAUCCUGGGGCGGCAGUCUCCCUCAAACGUGGAUAGACCAGCAAUUCGGUCUUUCAAAAAAAAUUGUAAAACGCAUGGUUGAACUCGGAAUGACCCCUGUGUUACCCGCAUUCACGGGGGACGUCCCUAUGAACACUAGUCGGGUUCUUCCCAAUGCCAACAUUGUCCGCGGAUCACAAUGGAGUGGAUUCUCUUCACAGUAUAGCAAUGACUCGUUUCUGCAGCCUUUUGAUGAUAACUUUGCAAGGAUACAAAACCUUUUCAUCGGCAGACAGAAAGCUGCAUACGGAAACGUGAGCCACAUCUACACCCUGGACCAGUAUAAUGAAAACAACCCGUACUCGGGAGAUCCAGGAUACCUCCACAACAUAACGCGUACCACGUGGCAUAGUCUCAAGGAGGCUGACCCCGACGCAAUCUGGCUGAUGCAGGGGUGGCUAUUCUACUCAAGCGAGUCAUUUUGGACAAGCGAGCGCGUGGAAGCCUAUCUCUCCGGGGUUGGAAAGAAUAGUGACAUGCUUAUUCUUGAUCUUUUCUCCGAAUCCAUGCCACAAUGGCGCCGCACUAAUUCCUACUACGGUAAACCAUGGAUAUGGUGCCAGCUACAUGAUUAUGGAGGCCAGAUGGGUCUUUAUGGUCAAAUCCAAAAUAUCACACAGAAUGCAACACAGGCACGCCUUGAAUCCCCGUCAAUGGUGGGGUAUGGACUGAGCCCAGAAGGCCAAGAGGGUAAUGAAGUUGUCUAUGAUAUGCUCCUAGAUCAGGCCUGGUCUUCUACUCCCCUUGAUACCGAAAGCUAUUUUCAUGCCUGGGUUGCAAGCCGAUACUCUGGCUGUGGCUCCAUUCCACAGGAACUAUACAAGGCGUGGGAUCUUAUGCGCACGACCAUUUACAACAACACCAACCUUACCACUACUGCGGUUAUGAGACCGGUUUUCGUGAGUCGUCCACAACUCUCUGGUCUCGUCGGUGUUGCCGGAUCAUUUGGCACAGUCCUUACCUACGAUCCCUUGGUCUUGGUUUGGGCGUGGCGAUUGAUGUAUCACGCUGCCAGCUCAGAGCCUAGGCUGUGGAGCAACCCAUCAUAUAGACAUGAUAUGGUUGAUGUAACGCGCCAGAUUAUGGCCAAUGCAUUCACCCCGCUAUAUCUGAGCCUUACCUCCACCUACAAUAACUCGGAUUCCACUCAAGCUAGCCUGUCACAGAAGGGAACUAGAAUGAUCCAGCUUUUGGCCGAUAUUGACUCUGUGCUGCUUACCAAUAAGAAUUUUCGCCUUUCUACAUGGAUUGAAUCUGCGCGGGCUUGGGCUGGUGGUGACAAAAAGCAGGAGUCUUUCUUUGAAUAUAGCGCCCGUAAUCAGAUCACUCUGUGGGGACCGGACGGAGAGAUUUCCGACUAUGCUGCGAAGCAGUGGGGAGGAUUAUUGUCUUCGUAUUACGUACCUCGCUGGCGUAUCUUUGUUGAGUACCUCAAGUCAACCCCUGCUGUGUCGUACAACGCAUCAAUGCUGCAGGAUCGGCUUCUCGAAUUUGAGCUCAAAUGGCAGAAGAAGACGUGGGCGGAAACUGAGCCUACAGGGGAUGCUGCGGACCUGGAAAUAGUGUUGGCUCGCGUGAUUCAAGAAUGGCCAUCUAUUUUUGGACACGCAUAG